GACGCUCGAUCGCUGCCGAAGGUUCCGCUUGAUGUGUUGUGUUGGUGACCUGUCAAACGCCACUGACUCUCAUAACUAUAGAGGUAAGAAGGAUUACUUUGUGUGUUAUUAUUCAUGGAUUUGCUCCCAAUGGGACAAUUGGCAAGGGAGGCUUAUUACUGGUUCUCACUUGAGUACAUUUAAUUGAUUAUAUAUAUUCAGUUCCUCUCGAUAUUUUAUUUUGCUUGCAGUUAGCUAAAUAAGCUAGCGUAACUGCAUUAGGGUUUAGUUGUAAAAUGUGACCCUCUUAAGUAGCGACUUUUGCCCAUCUGUGGUUGACGCAGUCCCUCGUGAAUGCAUUAUUUGUUUUAUUAUUAUUUGUAAUGAGCACAUUUGAUAGCAUGCUCUGGUAUUACAUCUAUAACAAAUUAACUAGGACACGCCAGUAAGGACUACGACAACCACAAACGCUUUCGACUCUUAAGGCGCUAUGCAUUCAGAAGCUCUGUUUCACCCGUAACUCACAGCUAUUAAACGCUUUCACUCUAAUAUGUUUAACAGGAAGCAAGCCACUUUGAGAAAGGGACUUUCCCCCCCAAAAAAUAAUCAUUUUAGUGCCGAUUUGAGGUUCACAGGUAGCGUCAAAUGAGCAAAAACAGUCAACAGAAGUUAAAGGUCCGAAACUGAAACAAGCAACACAACAAAUUAUGUUGGAAAUAAGCCUGGACUUCAUAGCUGCAAUUUAGCUAUCCCAAGAAAGCAUGAGGAAACACAGCCUUGAAUGCUUUGUCUAAUACAACUCCUGUGAAUUCAGACUGUUUAGAGAGGAUGCGAACAUCUGCUACCUCUUUUUUCCGUUUCAAAGCAGUUUUGAAACACUUGGUCAACUUUCCUCUUUGAGGAACCCCCACCUCCAGACAUGGCAGAGCAACCUCCAGAAAACAAACACCAGGAAAUAGCAGGUACUGUCACAGUAUAUUGACAAAGACUACAUAACCAAUAGGGGAGAGUGGGGUAAGAUGAGCCAAAAGGUAAGUUGAGCCAUCGUCUGUUUCUUGUAAAUGGUAAAAGAAAUUGAUAUUGUGACCAAAUAUUUAGGAGAUGGGCAUAAAUUCAUGGAGUCUGGGAAGGUUAGAAGCACAUGGGUGAAGGGGUGACACAUUUAAAGUCCACCAUUUUAGCGUAGAGGACUAAUAAAGUCAUCAUACUAGUUCAGGGUAAGUUGAGCCGGUGGCUAAACUAAGAAAGUAAAGGAGUCUGAUGAGAGGAUCAGAGUUUCAGUUCAGAUUGUUGAAAUCUAUUACUUUUUCUUUUUAAAAAUACAGCUGUGAAUGUUCUGAAUCACUUAAAGGCAUACAUGAUCAAGACAGUUAUGUUUACACUCAUUCUGUUGAUUUUUAGGGAUGCACAACAUCCUGAAAUAUAAGCAGAUACACUAGUUAGAGACAAAACUAUGAUUGCCUUGAUGUAGUGAUCUGAAAUAUGAGAAAUGGCUCAUCUUACCCCACUCUCCCCUACUGGGAAUCUAACUAGUUUCAUAAAAUGCCUAUCAAUAUUGUGAAAUAUCUUUUUGUUUUUUUCAGGUGCUCAGAAAGAAGAAGCACAGCAUACUGAAACAGACCAUAAGACAGUAAGAGAUGGUGACGAACAAGAGGAGGCUGAUAAUGUUCAGGAUGUAAACCUGCAACAACCAGAAGGUACAUGACACUACGAAGGUCAAAAAUCACCCAGUUAGUGUUUCUUCCUCACUAGUUUCUGAAUCUAGUGCGCUCUUGUGCUAAUCCAGUAUGGUGCCGAUAUCUCUCAACAACAUUAAACUUCAUUAUCUGCAUAUACAGACAGGAAGACUCAAAUAUGACAUAAAGGAAAAGCAGCUUGCUGACACUCAAUGUAAACUAACUGCGUUAUAUCAGUAUUUCAUAUUUAGUAGUGUUUCAUUUUAUCAAGUGUACUCUGAAAUUGCAGAGUGGAGAAGUUCACAGGGUAAUAUGAUAUCAGGACUCAAAUAAAAUUGUCUAAUUUUUUCAUGCCCAUUGUGGUUCAUCAGUCUUGUUGUAAGUGAUUGUAUUGUGUCACCCUUACAACCAGCAAAGUUUGGAGAAAUUUUUGGUUGUCAAUAUUAUUAUAACGCUCCCAACAAUACAACAUAUCUGGAAUAAACAUUUUUAAUACCUUUCUCAGAUGUUCAAAAAUCCACAAGUCAUUUAUUUAGUUCAUAACUUUUAUGACUGAUUUCUGUUUUUAAGCAUGCACCAUUUCAGCUGAAGAGACGAUACCAGCUGUUACAGAAGAAUCACCCUCUCAAGAGGAUGAAAAGAAGCAGACUGGAGAGGAGAGCAGCACCCAGACACAAGCUGAAGAGAAAGGCCAGGGUGAUUGUAAAAGAGAGACACAAGGAAACAAGCCGCAAACACUUGAAGCUGAGGAGUGUGCCGGUGAGUGUUUCUAUCUAAGUAUUGUAAGUUCAUAACAGUGUGUCCCCAGCUUGCCUGACCAGCCAUGAUAAGUAUCCUGCAUUUGUGUUAUGUAACUGGAUUGGAAUUGGUUCAACCAACCUUUAGUCACAGACUAUCAUCACGUCCUGACAGCACUGUACCCAGCAGAUAUUUGUAUUUAUGCCCCUUGUACCAUAUAGAUUUUCUUUUAGAGUUCACGCCAAGGAAGUAUGAGAGGAUAGCCUCAUAUUUUGUUUAGAUCUGUCCUAAAUUUGACUGAAAUGCCCUUUUGUAGCGUUUAAUGUCCUUAUUGUGGCACUAUCCCUCUGCUACAGUGCAACAGAAAAACCCUGUCAGCUGAUACAUUAAAAGUGAGUCACAUAUGAAAAAGACUUUUAUCUUUGAUGAUAUAUUAGGCAGCUGACUAAGGGCAAGACUAAAAGGCAGCUCACACUGAACUUUCUUUUUUUUACUCCAUCUGAAAACGUGAACUUAGAAGUGACAAUACUUGAGUUUAAUUACUAUAAUUUCAUCAGGAAAAUCCCACAGUGGAGAAACAGAAGCACAAGAAAUGGCACCUCUGCAAGAUGACACUAUGGAUGACCACACAGAUGACCCCAAAGAAAGACCCGAUGAAGAAUUAGAAGACAUCGGCAGUACAACAACCGAAAAAGAGGAGGGUGAGACUCGAUUUAAAAAUAUUCAAUUGAUUGUUUCGAUUUUCUUCCAGCAAUUUGCUCCAAGGUCCUGUGCGUCAGGGAGUUGCAGUCAGGGUGGUUGUAAAAUAUGCUCUGUUUAAACCUGCUUUUUUAUCCCUCUGGUCAGAUGGAGUAAGCUGCCCUGAACAAGAUAUGACUCCAGAAGAAGGCAAAAAAGAAGAAGAAGAAGAAGAAGCCAAGGAAAUGACUGAGCAUGUUGGAAUCCUUCAUGGAGGUAACUCACAAUUACCUUCUUUUCUCUCUUAGACCACUUUCUGUUUAGGAGAAAAUAGUGUUGACCACUCAACAAACAAAGGAGAGCUUUGAAGUGAAUAACAGCCAUUACCUCACCAACUCAACAAUGGUUAUGAUCUCUCUGACAUUGUAGAUUGUGUAGAAAACAUCUCUGUGAACUGAUGUCUAUUCUUUGCAGGAAACAUAAUAUACGUGAUGGGAGUGAUUGCUGUGGGCCUUGCCAUUCUGGUGUACCAUUUCUACCAAUUGGAGUCUCUGCCUCAGGAAAAAGAUGAGCAGCAAAUAGACAUCUUCCUCAGGCACAUGGAAAAAGUAAAGACUCAGUUCCCAAACCAGCGUGCUGAAGUCUGGAAAAGGAGCAGAAUCCACCUGCUGAGGCACCUGCAGACACCUCAGCCCACAGAGCCGGUGAGCCUGAUCUUGACCGCUGGCCUCAGAGCUGAGAAGACGCUGCACUGCUUGGCUCAUAGUCUGGCCUCCGCUUUCUCUUCUGCUCUCAACGCCUCUGUCCUGCACAUAGACGGAGCCAGCAAAGCCAGCCAGGACAGCGACCAGGUCAAACUGGACAUCGACAGAAACUUACAGGGAGCUUUCGAAGGAGACAAACCUGUGGCUGUCAUUCACCGCUUUGAGGAGCUGCCUCCUGGCUCCACACUCAUUUUUUACCGCUACUGCGACCAUGAGAACGCUGCAUACAAGAAAACCUUCCUGAUCUUCACAGUGCUGCUCGGGGAAGAAGAGGAGAUUCCUGCCACAAGCCAUUUAAGAGUUGUGGAGGAGAUGGUGGACGACCACCUUCAGAAAAAGUUCCUCUCUGAUGACUUUCCAGUGUCUUAUGACAGGAUGGACCAGGACAAGUACAGUGGACUGUGGAGCCGAAUUUCUCACCUCAUUCUGCCUGUUGCUGCGGUAGAAAGGAUAGAGCACAAGGGUUGCUGAGAAACACAAAUAAUCAUUUUUGAUUGAACUUCAAAUGAAAACACUAAACUGUUCGGCCUGUGUAUCAGAUUCCCUGUGUGAUCUGAGUCAUGCUGAGGCCAGUAGCCAGCAGAUUACUUUAACACCCAAAGGUUUUACUUAGAUGUAAUAAAUUUAAAUAAAAAAGUGUAGUUCUUUAUUCCUUUAGCACUAUAUAAAAUGGAAACCAUCAAGAACUGCAAAACAAAAUGAUUCAGCUGGAGAUCUUGUGGGUUUGGGGGUAUGUGUGCAAUUUUGGUUUGACCUGCUGCCAUUUGUGUCAGGUUUUCAGGUUAUUUAAUGUGAAUGUUGAGUUAACCAUGGAUGAUGAUCAAAAAGAGUGACAAGGAAGAACUGUUCCUUUGCUACAUGAACACGUUUUUAUUUUGAGACCAAUAAGCUUUUGUAAUUUCUAAACUUUAUAGGUGUCAUACGCCUGAACUGGACUUUUCCAUGCUCUGUUUUCUGAACACAUGCAUGUAUCAUACAUCAGGAAAAAUGCAAUGUAAAUAAUUGAAUAGAUUAUAUGUGCCUUAAUUUACAAUAAAACGCUAAUACUGAAAUUUAAA